AAACUGAGAAGAAUGAUUUAUCAAAGGAAUUCUUAGAUUUCAUACAAGAUCAAGGUUUAGUAUUAGAGCAACAUCAAUUGGAUUUAGAUUACGGGAAUUAUAACGCUGACUACGUAUUGAAGAAGUUGUUACCUGAGGAGCUCACAAAGGAUGGCCUGCAAACAUCGUUCACUCAAACUGGCCAUCUGGCUCAUUUCAAUUUCAAACCAGAGUAUUCAGAUUACAAGCAAUUGAUAGCUCAGGUUAUUAUAGACAAAAAUCCUGCAAUAAAAACAGUAGUCAAUAAGUUGGAUACGAUAGACAAUGAAUUUAGAGUAUUCCCAAUGGAGUUAUUAGCUGGCGUGGAUGACUACAUCGUUACGACAAAGGAAUUGAAUUCAUUGUUUACUUUCGAUUUCAAAAAGGUCUACUGGAAUUCGAGAUUAUCACACGAGCAUGAAAGACUAGUUAAUAGCUUCAAGGAACCACAAAUUGUCGCGGACGUCAUGGCUGGUGUAGGCCCAUUUGCUAUCCCUUCAGCAAAGAACAAUGUGAGAUUUUUAGCAAAUGAUUUGAAUCCAGAAAGCUUUAAAUGGUUAAAUCAUAACAUAAAAUCCAACAAAGUUGAUAGAUUUGUUAGAAGUUUCAACCUCGAUGGUAGAGAAUUCAUAAAGAAAGCACCUUUCUUACUACUAGACGAGCCAUUCCAAGAGACAACACCUUCACUUACGCAAAAGCAACAAAAAGAGCUUAAGCAUGCGAACAAAUCACCUAAAUUACUCCCAAUUAGGGAUUACAUCGACCAUUUCAUCAUGAAUCUACCAGCCUCUGCAUUAGAAUUCUUGGAUGCGUUCAAGCCAACUUAUAAAGCCAUUCAGGAGAAGUACUCAGAUACGGAUAGACCACUAUCAUUCACUCGGCCGAUGGUACAUGUACACUGUUUCUCAAAGGCGGCAGAUAUGGAACAAGCAACCGUCGACAUAUGUCAGAGAGCUAGUGACUAUUUAGGUCACACUGUAGAACCAAAAAUGGAUGGUUAUAAUUUACACCACGUACGAAGUGUGGCACCAAAUAAAGAAAUGUAUUGUCUCAGUUUGCGCAUUCCAAAAUUCUAGUCAUGACGUGAUCGCGAUGACAUAUUUGUAACAGUCCAGUCAUAUUAAAAUUUAUAACGGUUAACCAAUCUAUCAUAUAAACAAUGAGGAGCUUUUUGUCAAAUUUAAAUCUCUACAAUCAGCCAACGCAUACAGUGCAAGAUGAAUCAAACGAGCUUUAUCAGCAGGAAUUGAAUUUAUGGAAGAGUGUAGAUUUUUCGUUUGAUGAAGUUCCUGGUCAAGCUUUACUGGACGAUCCGAACAAAAAGCAAAGAUUGUCGGAUGUAGAUCCGUUCGCGAAAUAUCAAGAAAGAAACAGUCUUGACUAUUCUAAUGUCUCGAACAUGCAGCCAAUCGGACAUAAUACCCGUCAAUUUCCUCGUUUGUCGCACUCCGAACUGAAGGAGGUACAACUAUAUCAAUCGCAACCAGUUGGAAGCAUAUUCUACAAGCAUCGUAAUUCUAGCACGAAGAAGGACUCCCAAGUGCAUCUGGAAAGGCUCAAACAAUCCGCGCAACUUUCCGACAAAGAAGACAAUCCGUUUAGAGAUCUCGGUGACAAAGAAGAAGUUACUAGAGGUAGAAAGAGAUUUAAGUAUUAGCUUUAAGAUGAUUGUUUUUAUUUUUAUUUUGUUGAUUUUGUAAAUUUAUUAUUUCUGCUGAUGCAAUCAUUUGUCUC